CAAGUGUUGGUGCCAGGGCCUCCGGUGGAUAACAGACUGCCUUUUCAGAGACAGGCCGUGGACAUGGUGUGCAUUGCGGUCAUCGGAGCUGGCGUGAUAGGGCUGUCUACCGCCGUGUGCAUUUCCCAGCUGGUCCCCGGAAGUUCCAUUACUGUCAUCUCAGACAGGUUCACUCCUGAUACCACCAGUGAUGUAGCCGCUGGGAUGCUCAUUCCUCCUACGUAUCCAGAUACUCCUGUGUCCACACAGAAGCGAUGGUUUAGAGAGACCUUCCAGCAUCUUUCUGAAAUCGCCAAGUCUGCAGAGGCUGCAGAUGCGGGUGUUCACCUGGUGUCCGGUUGGCAGAUAUUUCGCAGUGUCCCCGCUGAAGAAGUGCCUUUCUGGGCUGAUGUUGUGCUGGGAUUUCGGAAGAUGACAGAGGCUGAGCUGAAGCGAUUCCCUCAGUACCUGUUUGGUCAGGCUUUUACAACCCUGAAGUGCGAGGCUUCUGCCUACCUCCCGUGGCUGGAGAAAAGGAUAAAGGGAAGCGGAGGUCUGCUACUCACCAGGAGAAUAGACGACCUGUGGGAGCUGCAGCCAUUUUUUGAUAUCGUGGUCAAUUGCUCAGGCCUGGGAAGCCGACGACUUGUAGGAGACCCCUUGAUUUCCCCAGUAAGGGGUCAAGUGCUCCAGGCACAGGCCCCCUGGGUGAAGCAUUUCAUCCGAGACGGGGGCGGACUGACUUACGUUUACCCCGGUACGUCCUAUGUAACCCUGGGAGGAACUAGACAGGAAGGAGACUGGAAUCUCUCCCCAGAUGCAGAACUUAGCAGAGAGAUUUUUUCUCGAUGCUGUGCUCUCGAGCCUUCCCUCCACAGAGCCCGUGACAUAAAAGAGAAAGUGGGCCUGAGGCCCAGCAGGCCAGGGGUGCGGCUGCAGAAGGAGAUCCUGGUCCGUGGGGAACAGAGGCUGCCUGUGGUCCACAACUACGGCCAUGGGAGUGGGGGCAUCUCAGUGCACUGGGGCUCUGCUCUGGAAGCCACCAGGCUGGUGAUGGAAUGUAUCCGUACCCUCAGGACCCCAGCUUCCAUGUCAAAGCUGUAGCUGACACCAAGUAACAGCAAAUAAUCCAGAUGACAUGGGUCAAAGCACAAGUUAAGGCCCAUAACCGGGUCUCAUAACUUUCCCACUGCUUGAAGGUCUGACCUUCUUUGCUUCCAAAAUUAGUAAUUACGCAAUGCGUAUCAGUAGACGUAGAAAGCUUGCCAGGAAUGACACAGGGAACAAAGCUCCAUUUUUGUCAAAAUACGUGCUAUUUAAAAAUUCUUGUGCUAUAGGGUAAGAUUUGGGGAGGAUAGAGUGCUAAUUUAUAUGAAUGAUGUAAGCGAUAGGGAUUUUUGUAUCUUUGGCUCAGAAGCACGUAAGCACACCAGAGGAGACUAAUGUGUGGGAAAUACUUGGUUCCCUGUCCAUCGUAGAGCUGUACGUGAUCCU